CUGCAGCGCCUGGGUGGCUAUUAUGUUGGCCAUGUCGGUAAAUGGCAAUACAUGAAAAAUGCAAAGCUCCCCCAUUACUUUAAUUUCAGUAAUUUUUUCGAAGGCUCACACUGGUAUAGCCACCAAAGACAGCCAAUGUCUGCUUCGGAUAAGUCGGUAAUGCAUGCCAUUGAAUUUCUCCAAGAGCGGCCGAAAGACACGCCAUUUGCCUUAACGGUGGCAUACUACCCGCCCAAGGCUGUCGGAGCUUCCAAGGAACCCGGCGGUCAGUGGUUUCCCAAAGAGUCUUCCAAAGCCCUUUACGCAAAUACAACUUACGAACCACCAUACGAUGUAGAGAAAGCACACGCCGAUUUACCAGACUUUCUAAAGAAAAAAAUUAUGCGCAAUCGCUACCUCGAACGAUGGGACACGACCGAAAAGUACAAUACUGGGAUGCGGAACUAUCACGCCCUCGUCACAGAGGUUGACCUUGCAAGCUCGCAGAUUGUUGAGGAAUUGAAGCGCCAGGGCCUCUACGAGAAUACCAUGAUUAUCUUUACGUCGGACAAUGGCCUAAUGAUGGGAUCCCACGGUCUCGGCGGUAAGUGGAUUGCUUAUGAGGAAUCGAUUCGCGUUCCACUCAUCAUUUACGAUCCCCGCAUGCCUUCAGAAAAACGUGGGAGUGUGGACAAUUCAAUGACCCUAAAUAUUGAUCUGGCAUCUACCAUCUUAGGGGCAGCCAAUAUUGCCCCGCCGGAAGCAAUGCAGGGGCGGGAUAUCGCUGAUUUAUAUUUAUCUUCAAACGACGGCACUUCCAAGUUGAAGGAAAAGCCCUGGCGAACCGAAUAUCUGUACGAAUAUCCAAUUUGGUCGUUGAGUCAAAACUCCUUAAUAGGAGAGCGCUACAAGUACAUUCACUGGAUGGGUUUCCAGUCUGAGCAGCUCUUCGACAUCCAAGAGGAUCCCUUUGAGCUAAAUGAUCUGAUAAAGCAAGUUAGUAAAGACGAGGCCGAGGUCGACAGUAAUCACAUUGCCCAGAUGGAAAAGCUGGCGGUGGGUCUUUUUGAGACAUUGCAUGGCGUCAAGGUUACUAUAUCUGAACUACAUGAUCUAUUGAAGGAGAAAGGGAUAGCUGUUGGUCAAAACAAAAGCGAGAGCGAGGAAGCGACCCUCAAAGAAUUGAUCGAGGCCUUGAUAUCUGAGUUGAAGAUACGCUACGAGAACGUUCGUAACGAGGUUCAAGGGCCCGGCGGAAAGCCCGACUGGUGCGAUCCUUCUCUUGAGUAUCCGUAGUGUGAUGAAACAGAUCCGGGUAGAGCAUACGCAAAAGUCCAUUUAGCGAUACUG